AUGGUUAAUUCUUAAAGGAUUGAAUAAUUAACACCUUCAAUAACAUUCUAUCAUUCAUAAAAAUUCAAUAAUAAUAAUUAUAACUGUUUUUAAAAGUAAAUCCAUAUCGAAAUCUAAAUACUUUGUCAUAUGAGGAUUACUUAAAAAUAGAAAUUUCAAAUGAUACACAACAAACUAAUUUCAAUUAUCAGUGCUUCCCAAUUCAUAUUAAUUAACUAACUACAUUUCUUGAAGGUAUGGUUACAAUUAAAUGCAAAGUCUAUUGAAGAUAUCUUCAAAUGA